CGCCGCCGCUGUCCGGGCCAGAGGCUUGUUGUCGGGCUCCGGUGUGAGGUCUGGGUGACUGGACUCGGGCGUCCGGUGGGAUGGACUGGCUGCAGGACCCGGUCCCCUGCAGUCAGCAGGAGUGUGAGGCGGAGUGAUGCCCAGCUGGGCGCCCGGCACACAACUAGUGAUCUGAGCCCUCCCUUCGGACCCAGCGGCCCCGCGGGGACUGCGUUCCAGAGCUGAGAGCCCCUUCCCGGGUUGGGGAUCCCGCAGCCCUGUCGGCGGGAGGUCCCCAAGGACGGAGUCGAGAGGUCACUUCUUACCUGUCAGUGCUGUGUGACAGCGUCGCGGCCGGACCUGCAGAAUCUGAACUCGAUCCGUAAUGCCUCCUGCUUGCCUCUUUCAAGAUGGACGGAAAAUCUGUGGGAGAGCCUACUCAAGUGGAGUCUAAAGUCAAACUUUCCACCAAAAUAGACAACGCGGGACACUGGCUGGUGGAGGAUCAUGCUCGAAUAUGGGAAGUUUUAAAGACAGAGGAGAGCUCGAUUCAGGACUGGGGUGAAGAAGUUGAGGAAGGAGCUGUUUACCAUGUCACCCUCAAAAGAGUCCAGAUUCAACAGGCGGCCAAUAAAGGAGCAAGAUGGCUAGGGGUUGAAGGGGACCAGCUGCCUCCAGGUCACACAGUCAGUCAAUAUGAGACCUGUAAGAUCAGGACUAUCAAAGCUGGCACUCUGGAGAAGCUUGUGGAGAAUCUGCUGACGGCUUUCGGGGACAAUGACUUUACCUACAUCAGCAUCUUCCUGUCGACCUACAGAGGCUUUGCCUCGACUAAGGAAGUGCUGGAGCUGCUGCUGGACAGGUAUGGAAACCUGACAGGCCCAAACUGUGAAGAAGAUGGAAAUCAGAGUUCGUCGGAGUCCAAGGCCGUGAUCCGGAAUGCUAUUGCCUCCAUCCUGCGGGCCUGGCUUGACCAGUGUGCGGAGGACUUCCGGGAACCCCCUCACUUCCCUUGCCUGCAGAAGUUGCUGGAGUAUCUCACACGGAUGAUGCCUGGCUCCGACCCGGAGAGGAGAGCACAAAACCUUCUUGAACAGUUUCAAAAGCAGGAAGUGGAUCCCGACAAUGGACUUCUCAACACCAGCUCCUUCAGCCUGGAAGAGGAAGAGGGACUGGAGAGCGGAGGGUCAGCAGAAUUCACGAGCUUCUCAGAAGAUCUGGUGGCAGAACAGCUGACCUACAUGGACGCACAACUAUUCAAGAAAGUAGUGCCUCACCACUGCCUGGGCUGCAUUUGGUCUCAGAGGGAUAAGAAGGAAAACAAACAUUUGGCUCCUACGAUCCGUGCCACCAUCUCUCAGUUCAAUACCCUCACCAAAUGUGUCGUCAGCACCAUCCUGGGGAGCAAGGAACUCAAAACCCAGCAGAGAGCCAAAAUCAUCGAGAAGUGGAUUAACAUCGCUCACGAAUGUCGAAUCCUCAAGAACUUUUCCUCCUUGAGGGCUAUCGUCUCCGCUCUGCAGUCCAAUUCCAUCUAUCGGCUGAAAAAGGCUUGGGCUGCUGUCCCAAAGGACCGAAUGCUGAUGUUUGAAGAACUUUCAGAUAUCUUCUCUGAUCAUAACAACCAUCUAACCAGUCGGGAACUGCUAAUGAAGGAAGGAACCUCAAAAUUUGCAAACCUGGACAGCAGUGUGAAAGAAAACCAGAAGCGGACCCAGAGGCGGCUGCAGCUGCAGAAGGACAUGGGUGUGAUGCAGGGUACCGUGCCUUACCUGGGCACCUUCCUGACCGACCUGACCAUGCUGGACACUGCUCUUCAGGACUACAUUGAGGGUGGACUGAUCAACUUUGAGAAACGGAGAAGGGAAUUUGAAGUGAUUGCCCAGAUAAAGCUCCUACAGUCUGCUUGCAACAGCUAUUGCAUGACCCCAGACCAGAAGUUUAUCCAGUGGUUCCAGAGGCAGCAGCUUCUAACAGAGGAGGAGAGCUAUGCCCUCUCCUGUGAGAUUGAAGCAGCUGCCGAUGCCAGCACCACCUCCCCCAAGCCUCGGAAGAGCAUGGUGAAGAGGCUGAGCCUACUGUUUCUUGGGUCCGACCUCAUCACUGGGAGCACUCCCACUAAAGAGCAGCCCAAGUCCACGGCCAGUGGGAGCUCUGGCGAGAGCAUGGACUCCGUCAGCGUGUCGUCCUGUGAGUCAAACCACUCAGAGGCUGAGGAGGGUUCCAUCACACCCAUGGACACACCAGAUGAGCCUCAAAAGAAGCUCUCCGAGUCCUCCUCUUCAUGUUCCUCGAUCCAUUCCAUGGACACAAAUUCCUCAGGGAUGUCGUCCUUAGUCAACCCCCUGUCCUCCCCUCCAACCUGCAACAACAACCCUAAAAUCCACAAGCGCUCCGUCUCCGUGACGUCCAUUACCUCCACAGUACUGCCUCCCGUUUACAACCAGCAGAACGAAGACACCUGCAUCAUCCGCAUCAGCGUAGAGGAUGACAACGGGAACAUGUACAAGAGCAUCAUGUUGACAAGCCAAGAUAAGACCCCUGCUGUGAUCCAGAGAGCCAUGAUGAAGCACAAUCUGGACUCGGACCCAGCUGAGGAAUACGAGCUGGUACAGGUCAUCUCAGAGGACAAAGAGCUGGUGAUCCCGGACUCUGCAAACGUCUUUUAUGCCAUGAACAGCCAAGUGAACUUCGACUUCAUUUUACGCAAAAAGAACGCAGUGGAAGAGCAGGUGAAGCUGCGUAGUCGGACCAGCUUGACCUUGCCCAGGACUGCGAAGCGGGGCUGUUGGAGUAACAGACACAGCAAGAUCACCCUCUGAAAGGGA